UAUAAAAAGGAAAAAAAAAAGUCAUGAGAAAAGGUUUAUCUCCCAAUUGUGGCUAUGGUGGGACGUGUCAAAUUUUGGAGUGUAGCCAAACAGUUAGAGCAGAUUGAGUAAAGGGAAGAACGAAAAUACCAAACGUUAAGGGAAGUGGCCAAACCACUGAAAACAGGCAUCUCCACCAAAAAAUAGUUUUUUUAUACAGAAAAGAUUCAAGACUUAUACGCUUUUACUUCUUAUAGCCUUCCUAAUUCUUUUUUCUGGGUAUCUUUUUUCUGGGUAACUGCCAAACCACCCCAAAUUUCAAGUUUCCAUUUUUAACUCUUCAACUUCAACCCAAUCAAAUUUAGCCACUUCUUACAUCUACUAGGUCAUUUCAUUCAUUCCGAGGUAAGAAAAGUUUUUUUUGUUUCUUUGAUUUCAUCAGCUGAAUGCCACUCGUUAACUUCUGGGGUUCGUCCAUCUUUUAGGUUUCACUGCUAUUCUUCAGUAAAAUGCCUCAAAUUGGACUUGUUUCUGCUGUUAACUUUAGAGUCCAAGGUAGUUCAGCUUAUCUUUGGAGCUCGAGGUCUUCUUUAGGAACUGAAAGUCAAGAUGAUUUCUUGCAAAGGAAUUCGUUAUGUUUUGCUGGUAGCGAGUCAAUGGGUCAUAAGUUAAAGAUUCCUACUCCCCAUGCCUUUACCAGAAGAUUGGUUAAGGACUUCCGGCCUUUAAAGGUAGUAUGCAUUGAUUAUCCAAGACCAGAGCUAGACAAUACAGUAAACUAUUUGGAGGCUGCAUUCUUAUCAUCAACAUUCCGUGCUUCUCCACGCCCAACUAAACCGUUGGAGAUUGUUAUUGCUGGUGCAGGUUUGGGUGGUUUGUCUACAGCAAAAUAUUUGGCAGAUGCUGGUCACAAACCGAUACUGCUGGAGGCAAGAGAUGUUCUAGGUGGAAAGGUAGCUGCAUGGAAAGAUGAUGAUGGAGAUUGGUACGAGACUGGUUUGCAUAUAUUCUUUGGGGCUUACCCAAAUAUUCAGAACCUGUUUGGAGAAUUAGGGAUUAACGAUCGAUUGCAGUGGAAGGAACAUUCAAUGAUAUUUGCAAUGCCAAGCAAGCCAGGAGAAUUCAGCCGCUUUGAUUUUUCCGAAGCUUUACCCGCUCCUUUAAAUGGAAUUUUGGCCAUCCUAAAGAACAAUGAAAUGCUUACAUGGCCAGAGAAAGUCAAAUUUGCAAUUGGACUCUUGCCAGCAAUGCUUGGAGGGCAAUCUUAUGUUGAAGCUCAAGACGGGAUAAGUGUUGAGGACUGGAUGAGAAAGCAAGGUGUCCCGGAUAGGGUGACAGAUGAGGUGUUCAUCGCUAUGUCAAAGGCACUCAACUUUAUAAACCCUGACGAGCUGUCAAUGCAGUGCAUCUUGAUCGCAUUGAACAGGUUUCUUCAGGAGAAACAUGGUUCAAAAAUGGCCUUUUUAGAUGGUAAUCCUCCUGAGAGACUUUGCAUGCCGAUUGUUGAACAUAUCGAGUCAAAAGGUGGCCAAGUCAGACUGAACUCACGAAUAAAAAAGAUUGAGCUGAAUGAGGAUGGAAGUGUCAAGUGUUUUAUACUGAAUGACGGUAGUACAAUUGAGGGGGACGCUUUUGUGUUUGCCACUCCAGUGGAUAUUCUCAAGCUUCUUUUGCCUGAAGACUGGAAAGAGAUUCCAUAUUUCCAAAAAUUGGAGAAGUUAGUUGGAGUACCUGUGAUAAAUGUACAUAUAUGGUUUGACAGAAAACUGAAGAACACAUAUGAUCAUUUGCUCUUCAGCAGAAGCUCACUGCUCAGUGUGUAUGCUGACAUGUCUGUCACAUGUAAGGAAUAUUACAACCCCAAUCAGUCUAUGUUGGAACUGGUUUUUGCACCUGCAGAAGAGUGGAUAUCUCGCAGCGACUCAGAAAUUAUUGAUGCUACAAUGAAGGAACUAGCAACGCUUUUUCCUGAUGAAAUUUCGGCAGAUCAGAGCAAAGCAAAAAUAUUAAAGUAUCAUGUUGUCAAAACUCCAAGGUCUGUUUAUAAAACUGUGCCAGGUUGUGAACCCUGUCGGCCCUUGCAAAGAUCCCCUAUAGAGGGGUUUUAUUUAGCUGGUGACUACACGAAACAGAAAUACUUGGCUUCAAUGGAAGGUGCUGUCUUAUCAGGAAAGUUUUGUGCGCAAGCUAUUGUACAGGAUUAUGAGUUACUUGUUGGCCGGAGCCAGAAGAAGUUGGCGGAAGCAAGUGUAAUUUAGCGUCGUGGAGUUAUUAUUUUGCUUUUGUACACUAAAUUUAUGAUGCAAGAAGUGUUGUACACAGCAUAUAGAAGAACAGUACGAGAGUGAAGCAAGUAGGAGAAAUGAUAGCAAAGCUCCUAUAUAUCAAAAAAGGGUUACAUCUUGAAGAUUAGCAUUCUUUAUCACAAGUUAAAAUAUAAAGCAUAUUGUUAUGUACCACUUUCUUUUGUAAUCCCUUUAUUGCUUUAUGUGUCCUUAUAAAAGAUUGUGCAAUCUUGGCGCUGCACUUAUAUUAGUUAAUAUUUAUUGAUGUUCUAUUA